AUGGCGACCAUGGAGAACGUGAUCGUGCUCGUGAACCGCAUCCAGCGCGCCUGCACCGUGCUCGGCGACCACGGCGGGGACGGCGCCGCCGCCUCCCUCCCCGCCCUGUGGGAGGCGCUGCCUUCCGUGGCCGUCGUCGGAGGGCAGAGUUCGGGGAAGUCGUCCGUGCUGGAGAGCAUCGUUGGGCGUGACUUCCUCCCUCGAGGCUCUGGGAUCGUGACGAGGAGGCCACUGGUUCUGCAGCUGCACAAGACGGAGGUCGGGGAGCAGGAGUACGCCGAGUUCCUGCAUGCACCAAGGCGUCGGUUCACCGAUUUCGCUCUUGUGCGCAUGGAAAUCGAAGAUGAAACUGAUAGAUUGACGGGGAGAUCAAAACAAAUAUCUCCAGUCCCUAUUCAUCUCAGCAUAUACUCACCAAACGUUGUCAACUUAACAUUGAUUGAUCUGCCGGGUCUAACUAAGGUUGCUACCGAGGGGCAGCCUGAAAGCAUUGCCCAGGAUAUCGAAAACAUGGUGCGCUUAUAUGUUGAGAAGCCAAACUGUAUUAUACUUGCUAUAUCUCCUGCCAAUCAAGAUAUAGCAACAUCAGAUGCCAUUAAGCUUGCUCGGGAUGUUGAUCCAAGUGGUGAAAGGACCUUUGGCGUGUUGACUAAGCUUGAUUUGAUGGACAAGGGAACAGAUGCACUUGAUGUUCUUGAAGGAAGAGCUUACAAGCUACAACACCCAUGGGUUGGAAUUGUUAACCGCUCACAAGCAGAUAUCAACAGGAAUGUUGACAUGAUUAUUGCUAGGGAAAAAGAACAAGAGUUCUUUCAUUCUAGUCCUGAAUAUGCUCAUUUAGCCAGCAGGAUGGGUUCAGAAUAUCUUGCUAAACUUCUUUCACAGCAACUCGAGGCAGUUAUUAGGGCACGCAUUCCAAGCAUCACAUCUUUGAUAAACAAAACUAUUGAUGAGCUUGAAUCUGAGAUGGAUCACCUUGGUAGACCUAUUGGAUCAGACGCUGGGGCUCAGUUAUAUCUAGUCCUGGAGUUGUGCCGUGCGUUUGACAAAAUAUUUAAAGAACAUCUUGAUGGAGGACGACCUGGUGGUGAUCGAAUUUACUGGGUCUUUGAUAAUCAACUCCCUGCUGCUCUGCGGAAGCUUCCAUUUGAUCGCCACCUCUCCUUGCCAAACGUUAAACGAAUUGUGUCACAAGCUGAUGGUUAUCAGCCUCAUUUAAUUGCUCCUGAGCAAGGUUACCGUCGACUGAUAGAGUCUGGUCUCAGUUAUUUUAGAGGGCCAGCUGAAGCUUCUGUAGAUGCUGUGCAUAAUGUCCUGAAAGAGCUGGUAAGGAAAUCAAUUGGGGAGACUGAGGAACUGAGAAGAUUUCCCACUCUUCAAGCGGAGCUUGCUGCUGCAUGCAACAAAGCCCUGGAGAGCUUCCGUCAAGAGGGCCGUAAAACUACUGUGCGAUUGGUCGAUAUGGAGUCAGCGUAUUUGACGGUCGACUUCUUCCGCAAGCUUCCACAGGAGGUGGACAGGGCUGGAACUGGAUACCCUGUGGACAAUGCUGGAACUGGACCUUCCACUCCUGUUGAUCGGUACUCUGACGCGCACUUCAGGAGGAUUGCUUCUAAUGUGUCCUCGUACAUUGGCAUGGUAUCGGACACACUGAAGAAUACUAUUCCCAAGGCUGUUGUUCACUGCCAAGUCCGGGAAGCCAAGCGGUCCUUGCUGAACUAUUUCUAUAUUCAAGUGGGCAGUAAAGAUGCUAAGCAGCUCGCGCUACUCCUUGAUGAGGAUCCUGCUCUUAUGGGGCGCAGGCAGCAAUGCUUUAAGAGGCUUGAGCUAUACAAGUCAGCAAGGGAUGAGAUUGAUGCCGUGUCAUGGUCGCGGUGA